AUGUUUGGAUCGACUUCUAAUAGCUCAGGUAGUGGGCUCUUUGGUUCAAAUAACAAUACUGGAGGCGGGUUAUUUGGUGGAGCAAAACCUGCAUCAACAGGAUUUGGUUCAACGCCAGGAGGAACGAACACUGGUUUUGGUACUAAUACUUCGACAAAUGCCAAUACUGGCGGCGGUGGGCUCUUUGGAUCGAAUAAUAACACCAAUGCUCCGGGUACUUCCACAAACACAGCCAGUGGCGGACUCUUUGGUGCAACAAAUAACAACCCUGUUGGAGGUAGCAACACAGGUCAACCAGCUAGCGGUGGUUUAUUUGGUUCACAAAAUAACACUAACCAGCUGGCGCCAAGUGGCGGAUUGUUUGGGAAUAAUGCAAAUAAUGCGGCACCUAAUGCCAGUGGAGGAUUAUUUGGAAAUUCUAAUGCUAAUGCUAGCAAUAACACUAAUAAUGCAUCAACGAAUACAAGUGGAGGGUUAUUUGGAUCCUCAGGAAAUACUUCGAAUACUGGAGGGGGCCUUUUUGGCUCUAAUAACGCUAAUAAUAAUACUACUUCUGGUAACACAGGUGCUACUGGUGGUUUGUUUGGAAAUAAACCAGCAUCAAGUGGUGGAUUAUUUGGGUCCUCCAGUAAUACCUCCAACACCGGAGGUGGUCUCUUUGGUUCCAAUAAUACUAGUGGGUCGACAGGGGGUGGAUUAUUUGGAUCGAAUAAUAAUGCUACUGCUAAUACGAAUACAGGAAGUGGUGGUCUAUUCGGUUCCAGUUCUGGUAACACUCAACAACAACAACCUCCAAAUUCUCAGCAACCAGGAGGAUUAUUUGCACAAAAUACAACGAAUAAUCAACAACCAUCUUUCGGCUGGAGUAGUCAAAACCAGGCCUCCAAUCAAACCUCGCAACCAUUAUUUGAUACUACUAAUAAGCUUAAUAAUCCAAACCUUAACAAUCCUAAUUCGAAUUUGAAUUCAAAUAAUAAUGCAGCAUCAAAUUAUAACAAUUAUACUCCCGCUAUAAAUGAUCAGUUAAUAAAAAUAAAAGAACAAUGGGACCCUAAUUCUGCAAAAUGUGCUUUGAAAACUCAUCUUUACAAUAAAUUGAAUGACCAAGAAAUCAAUGUUCUCUUAAGCCAACAAAGACCGUCUAACGAAUCUCCCGAAGAUUGGGAUAAUGCAAUGUCAAAUAGACCUAGUCCCCAUCAUUAUCCUAUCAAGGUUACUUCUUUUACAGAUGUAGCACAAAGGAUUGAAACUCAAUUGGAUCAUGUAGCGAAGUCAAGAAUUCUUUUGAACGGAAUUAAUGAGAAGCAAUCUUCUCUAUCAUCAAAACAUGAUUUAGAUAAUACGACAAGAAUACUUAAAGCCAAAGCAAGGCAUGUUAAAUUGCUGAGAAGGCUAUUAAGAUUGGCUACUGUUCUAGCAAUUUUAAAAUUGAAGGGUUAUCCAUUGUUACCAGAAGAGGAGGAACUCUCUAAACAAUUUGAUUUGUUAAACCAAAAGUUAAAUGAUCCAAAUGGAUCUUUGGGUAAAUUAAACGACGUAUUUGCAAGAUUAGCGAUUUUAAAAGAACGUUCAGAAGAUUUGUCCUAUCAAUUUGACUCGUCAUUAAAUUCGAUGAAUAAUGUUCAUGGAAAUAAUAUAGAACCUAAUAGUGAAAAGGAUAUUAUUGAUGAUGGAAAGAACAAUGAUGAAGUUAUUAAUAAGUUAUCCAAAUUGCUUUUGAAACAACAAGUUGGUUUAAAUCAUUUAAACGAUGUCUUAGAGAAAGACUUAGAAUCUGUUAAUAAAUUGACUAUUAAAAAUUAA